GUCAUACUCCGCCCCUUGCAUUCUUCCUUGAAACAUUGCAUUAAGAGCUAUCUCGACGACCUUUUACCGCUUCUGUGGACUCCAAACUCUAGAAGAAAUUAAAGGAAAGGGAAAAAAACCAGGCCAUACAGUACAAGACCAGACAGACCGGACCAAAAUGUCUUCUUCCCUUCACAUGAGCAAGAACAAUAAUCCGGCUUCCAAGCGCAGAAGAUUUCAACCUCCGAUAACUUCCUUCUUCCCCGCAGCAACUGAAUCAGAUCCUGCCGAUAACGCCUCCGCCCCUCACUUAUCAUAUACCCACUACUCCACCAUCACAUCCUCCCCCACCCCCGCCGUCGAUGCAAAGAUCCAAGCGUCGCUUCUUUCAGUUGGCAUGCGCGUCCGGAAAUCAGUCGCAGAAGGAUACAAGACUCGAAAUCCUAAGUCAGAAGACAAACCAACUCUCUACUCGAACGUGACACCGACCGUCAGAUGUCCAACUGCCUAUGCCGAACUGGCCCCCUUUUGUGGCAUGUCAAAAUCUGGCGGAUCUGCAAUCCAACCCACGUCUCGGGGUUUCUCCUUGCCCCAUAACAAAGUGGAUUACGAAGAUCAACUCAUCACGGAUGACGGGGAUGCAUUCUCCCUGCCGCCGAGCAGUCAGGAGUCUAUCGAGUCUAUCCAUAUAAACGGGCAGAAGCGAUCUUACGAUCGCGAUGAAGAUGAUUUCGACGAUGAAUUGGAUGACCUGUCUACUCCUUGGGGGAUUACCUGGCAGGGUCCUCUGGAGCCGAGUACAAGGAUGAACUCGGUACCUGGCCGUACCAUCCUUACCCCCGCUCUGGGGCAGCAACGGCGUCAAUUUGUCGCCGUGAAUACGCAAGGAACUAUUAACGUCGAUGAUUUUGAAGAGCCCGCAUUCCUUCGCAGACGCGAAGAAAUCGACAUGGACCUAUCCUAAGUGGUUGGCCGUGUGGUAUGUUUUGGUAUCUCUUUGUCUUGGACCAGCGUUGCGUGAAAACGAUUGCUCUCUGCGAUAUAUGAUAGCAGCUAUGAGCACGAUAUCAUUGAUGGACUGACUCCAGUCAUACACUUCGAAUUUCCGGGCUGCUCAGCUUGAGCUCGACCUGCUUUCUUUCAUGGAUGUAUUUUUCUCUGCGGUUGACGUUCUAUUUUUCUCCUUUGCAUAUGUUUGUGAGAAGCAUUUAUUACUUUUGAUUAACAUCAAGCGAUUGUACAUACAAAUACCCGGACUGGUUGGGACAUGAUUACGCCAAUCAUGCCCUGUGAUUAUAGGCUUCAGAUUUUCAGAAUAAUAUUAGUUGUAUGAAUAGCAACCAGAUACUUUAUGACACGACGA